AUGCCGUUUGGGUGGCUGGAAUCCGAAUAUGGCCGGUCCAUCGAAACGCAAGUGGCCCGACUCGGCUCCGCGCAAGCUGAUCACUCUCAGCUAGAAGCGAAAAUUGAUCAAAGACAUUAUCAUCAAAUCAAAGAUUUGCUUGCAAGUGAGCUGGCCCGUGGAGCAAUAUGGGGCGCCAGCAUAGCUGCUUUACUUGCGUGGGGUGCUGCGAGCCUUAAGCCCAAUGGUGAUUACUUGUUGGCAAACUACAUGAGUUUUGGGCACCAGCAGGUGUUUUAUACUGUUUUUACUUUUCUGGUCACUUAUGCCUGGUUUGUUGGAUCCUCCGACUUGAUUAUGUCAAAAGCAUCCAAAAUCUUAGAUGUGAAAAAAUAA